AUGAAUGGGUGGUUCCGCGAGAUCUCGGAGAUGUGGCCCGGCCAGGCCAUGACCCUCCGGGUCAAGAAGGUGUUGCAUCACGAGAAGAGCAAGUUCCAGGACGUCCUGAUCUUCGAGUCCACCAACCAUGGAAACGUGCUCGUCCUCGACAAUGUCAUUCAGUGCACCGAGCGGGAUGAGUUCUCGUACCAGGAGAUGAUCACCCACCUGGCUAUGAACUCGCAUCCCAACCCCAAGAAGGUCCUCGUCAUCGGUGGUGGCGACGGCGGUGUCCUGCGCGAGGUUGUCAAGCACGAGUGCGUGGAGGAGGCCACCCUCUGCGACAUUGAUGAGGCCGUCAUCCGCCUCUCCAAGAAGUACCUCCCCCACAUGUCGGCUGGCUUCAACCACUCCAAGGUCAAGGUCCACAUCGGCGACGGCUUCAAGUUCCUCGACGACUACAAGAACACCUUCGACGUCAUCAUCACGGACUCUUCUGACCCCGAGGGCCCGGCCGAGUCGCUUUUCCAGAAGCCCUACUUCAAGCUCCUUCACGAUGCUCUCCGCGAGGGCGGCGUUAUUACCACCCAAGGUUCCGAGAACCAAUGGCUCCACCUGCCGCUGAUCACCAAGCUCAAGAAGGACUGCGGCGAGAUCUUCCCCGUGGCCGAGUACGCUUACACCACCAUCCCGACAUACCCGUCGGGCCAGAUCGGCUUCAUGGUCUGCUGCAAGGACGCCAACCGCAACGUGCGCGAGCCUGUCCGCUCGUGGAGCAAGGAGGAGGAGCGCAAGCUGUGCCGGUACUACAACGCCGACAUCCACAAGGCCAGCUUCGUCCUUCCCACCUUUGCGCAGGAGGCCCUGGAAUAA